AAGAGGAUGAUCCAAAAAGACGAGAAAACGCGACAGACCAAAAUAUGUUGGUUAUGAACCAUUCGUUCAUAUAAUGAGAUUCAGAAGAUACUCAGUGUGGAAAGAAGGGAAGGGAAGAAACAGAGAAGACAAGGAAAGGAGGUGAAGAAGAGGGAGGAGGAGUAAAUCAGUGUUGGAGACUCUGACGCGGAAGAGCAACCAGCCUCGGAAAAGGAAGAAGAAACCGUAUAUGAAAGCGGCCCCCCCCCGGCUGAGUUCGCCUUUGUUGAGGAACGUUUAUCUCCAACCCUGCGGCGAGUUUUGAGUGUUUCUCACCGGGUUUCUCGUCUGUUUCUCCCGCUUGUGGGGCUACUGGUUUUGGACUGCAUGGCUGACAGGUAGGCUGUGGAUGUUACUGAUCGCUUCUGAGAAUAACAUCAUUCAUCCUUUUGCUAGACUUCAAACUGCCGCGGACACACACACACACUCAACAUCCAGCUUUACCAGAUCGACGUUUAAUCCUCCAUCAAGCUUCCCGAGCGGGAGAGAUCACACUGACCACGGCGCCCUCUGCUCCGUGCAGCGCCGCUGGGUGGCACCGCUGUCUCCGGGUGGAGGGGCUCUGAUUUCGGCGUGGUGGACGAUCGUCGAAACUGCUUGAAAACCGAGCCGUACUGCCUUCACGCGGACGCUCGCUCUGUGCUUUACAAAGGUGCUUAUAUGAUCAACGUUUGAGGAGUUUGAUAUUCAGCGAGCCUGUGGUGCGAGAAGCUUUGGGAGACACGCCGGCCGCAGCGCACCCUCUGCCGGGCAGCACCUCUCGGUCCAGCCGAUGGAAUGACACUCAACCGGGUGUAAAGACGUCAUAUUUACCAGAAAACUAAUCUCAUUUGGAUCAGAAAGUCGUGACCUGUUUGCCUCUCUGUAUUUCUGGUCCUGGAUAAGUAGCUGAAGGAAAAGCUCCAGGACAGACACCGAGCACGGAGCCGGUUCGCCCGUCUCAGCCGCUGUGUCCGGCCCGGAGGAAUGACUCGCCACUGAACCUGGCCGUAGCCUGUGCUGUCGCCCUACCGUCGGUUUGUGUGUGUGUGUGGUAGGAGGACAUGGCUGACUCCGGCCGGAACAGAUCGGCGGACCCCGACGCCUCGGGCAGCCCUCUGAGCGUGAAGAAGAGGGCACAGCAAUCCCCCGGCUGCCGGCCCAAGUACCAGAGCUCCGCACCAGGCCACUGCCUCAAGAAAGUCACCCUGACCAAACCCACCUUCUGCCACAGCUGCAGUGACUUCAUAUGGGGACUCGUCGGCUUCCUGUGCGAAGUGUGUAACUUCAUGUGUCAUGAGAAAUGCCUGAAGGUGCUGCGUUCAGUGUGUUCCUGCAUGACUCCAUCUCUGGUCCGGGUCCCGGUGGCUCACUGCUUUGGUCCGGCGGGUCACAAGAAACGUUUCUGCUGCGUCUGCAGGAAACCAGCAGAGGGAAACACAGCACUGCGUUGCGAAGUGUGUGAGCUGCAUAUCCACGCUGACUGUGCCCCCUUCAGCUGUGCAGACUGUCGCAGAUCUCACCUGGAUGUCGCUCUGGAGGAGGAUACAUUUCACCACCACUGGAGGGAGGGUAAUCUGGCGUCAGGGGCGAGAUGCGAGGUUUGUCGGCGGUCGUGCGGCUCUUCUGAUGCCCUGGCGGGGAUGAGGUGCGAGUGGUGCGGCAUCACAAUUCAUGCAGCGUGUUACCUCAGCGUGCCACCAGAGUGCACUCUGGGACGUCUGCGUUGCAUGCUGCUGCAUCCAGCCUGCGUCCGCCUCGAUGCCAGAAACUUCAGCAAGAUGCAAUGCUACCGCAUCACAGAGAGCUGCAGCCAUGACCUGGAUAACCCAGAUGAUGCUGAUCCAUCUGCUGCUGUGUCUAAAGACGGUCAGUUGGCUGCUUCAGAGUCAGGGAAACAGUUUCUUAAAGUGUUUGACGGCGAUGAUGCAGUGAAGCGUGACUGCUUUCGAUUGGUCUCCGUCCUUCGAGCCACGAAGAAUGAGGAAGUGGUGGAGGCGGUGCUGAGGGCGUUCUACCUCCCUGAUGAACCUCAGGACUACGAGCUGCACGAGAUUGGUGGCAUGCAGCGUCUUCAUGGCGACGACAUCUUGAACCGUAACGGCAGUCCAGACAACAGGAGCUCUCUGAAGGACGGAGGGGACGCCUGGCUGCUGAGGGCCAAACCUCGAGAUGUUGAUGUCAUCAAGGUGUACGCAGGCUGGCCCAGGUCGGGUGCAGCUUUUGUCUCUGUCUCUGUCUCUAAGAGCAGCACGGUGGCUUCAGUCCUCACUGAGGUCCUCAGUCAGUUCCACAGACAGGACGAAGACUCCUCCAGUUUCAGCCUGCUGGAGGUCUGCAUGAGCAGCAAGCAAGUACAAAGACAGACGCUGACUCCUCAGGAGAACAUUCUGGACAAGCUGCAGGAGAUCAGGAAGGUGUCUCUGCGUCAGAUGAACCAGACUCGGUUUUACAUCGUGGAGAACAGGAACCGGUCAGUGCAGGUCAGCCUGCUGAUUGGGGGACUGCCCCCCCUGCUGACUAAAGAGGUGUACGCCCAGCUGAUCCAGGAACACCUGAUCAUCAAGAGUCACCUGGUCACCAUCAGCCACAUUUAUGCCAGUCAAGGUGCGCUGGUGUUGCAGAUCUCGUGUUUCUCUGAAGCAGAGAGGAUCUACAUGCUGGCUAAAGACACAACCGUCAACAACAAGACACUCACUUCACUCAUCAUCCCAAAGAUUGAGAACGACAAGCUGGGAGAAGACGUCUGUCCUCUGCUAGUGUUUGUCAACCCAAAGAGCGGCGGCCUGAAAGGCAGAGAGCUUCUCUACAGCUUCAGGAAACUUCUGAACCCUCAUCAGGUCUUUGACAUUUCCAACGGCGGACCGUUGGCUGGCCUCCAUACAUUCCACGAGGUUCCCAGGUUUCGGGUGUUGGUCUGUGGGGGCGAUGGGACAGUGGGCUGGGUGCUGGGAGUCCUGGAGGCUAUCCGGCACAAAAUGGUCUGUCGAGAGCCGCCCAUCGGCAUCGUGCCACUGGGAACAGGUAAUGACUUGGCUCGAGUCCUCCGCUGGGGAGCAGGUUACAGCGGCGAGGACCCCCACCACAUCUUGGUCUCUGUUGACGAGGCAGACGAGGUCCUGAUGGACCGAUGGACCAUCCUGUUGGACGCCCAGGACAUCUCUGAAGAUGGAAAGGACAAUGGCUUCCUUGAGCCACCCAAGAUUGUGCAGAUGAACAACUACUUUGGUCUUGGCAUCGAUGCGGAGCUGAGCCUCGACUUCCACCAAGCCCGAGCAGACGAACCGGAUAAAUUCACCAGCAGGUUCCAUAACAAAGGAGUGUACGUGAAGGUCGGUCUGCAAAAGAUCAGCUACACCAGGAGUCUCCACAAAGAGCUGCAGCUUCAGGUGGAUGCCCAGGACGUCCCAUUACCCAAUAUAGAGGGACUGAUCUUCCUCAACAUACCCAGUUGGGGUUCUGGAGCUGAUCUCUGGGGGUCAGAGGUCGACAGUCGCUAUGGGAAACCCAGCAUCGAUGACGGCCUGCUGGAGGUGGUUGGGGUGACCGGGGUUGUCCACAUGGGCCAGGUGCAAAGUGGUAUGCGGUCCGGGAUUCGUAUUGCUCAAGGGAACUACAUCAGGCUGAUGGUGAGCAAACCCAUACCUGUCCAUGUAGACGGAGAACCGUGGAUCCAACCACCUGGGCACAUCAUCAUCUCUGCUGCUGGACCAAAGGUCCGGAUGCUGAGGAAGUCCAAACAGAAGCAGAAGAAGUCAUCAGCUGGUGUGAAGGAUGGACGCUCUGAGAGUCCAUCCUCCAGAGACGGUGGACACUGACUGAGCAAGCUGAAAAUCAGCGUCCACCCUUUUACCUGCUUCCUGCUGCACCUCUUGGUGCCAGCAGCCAGCUGUGAUUUCACCCAUGUAGCUUUGUAGCAUCGCCAAUGGGCCGCAGAUCAACUCGGAGAAGGAAGAAGGUUUGACUUCCACAGCCUGCACAUCACGGGAGGACAUCCUGAAUUACUUUGAGUUUGGCCUAACUGGGAUCACAUCUCCAUCCUGCUGACCAAACAUAGAAUUCACAAUAACCACAGUCAAAAUUCAUUAACUAAAAUAGAUGGGUUUUCUUUAACUUAAAAAGCAAGAGUAACAAAUGACUAAUAGGCUCCUAACAGGAUUUAUGAAUAGAUUAGCAAGUUGCUAACUGUUUACAGUUGCUCAGUAUGGAUGAGCUUGGGAGUUGAACAAAAAAAAAAAAAUCUAUAAAAGUAUUUAACAUAAGUUGUUAAAUUUCUGUUUCUCACAUGUGACUGUAUUUGUACAGUAAGUAGCCGUAGCCUCGGUGUCAUAUGUUGUCUUAGCUUUGGUUGUGAAAGAUAACGUGCAGCUAUAGAUUCUGACCUCAGUGUGCCAAACCGUCAGUGGAGAAUAUGAAGAAACUGAGUACUGAAUCCCUCCUGACGAGGCUGAGGGGCCUUUCUCUAAGCUGUGACCACAUUUUGUCUUUUCUGAUUCACACUGAACUGGCCCUCUUCCUCUCUUGUGUGUAAUCCUUAAGUCAUGCUGGUUUCAGACAACGUUCGAGUUCAGAUUCUUGGAUGAUGCAUUUUAUGCUGAAAGGAAAACUAGAACUUUAAAGAGACUGUAAUAAGUAGUACAUAAUAUGGCUAAGCGAUAACACAAAGUUAGAGCUGCCGAACAUGAGCUACAAAUAAGCUGACCUGCUGCAGGGGAUGGUUUUUUUUUUAAUUAGAGCACAGUCUUCCUCAUGACUACAAUACAAACUGAGCUGCAGCUUACACCGUAUUUCCAGCUAAUGCUAACAUACUGAUGUCUGUUACAGUAGCAGUUAGCCUCAGACAGCCUAUCAGAGAGCAGUCAACCCAAACUUUACAACAGACAAAUCUCUGCUGUGGAUUCUUUUUUGUAAGGGAUGACAAAGUUUUUUUAGUAAAGGCCCUUUCCCCCACAAAAUCCAUGUUUACUCCCACUAAUUGUCUAAAAUACUUGCCAACCUGGACCAGACACGAGCUACAAAACGCUUCAUUACAGAGCAAAUACCAGCUCACUCCAAUGCCCAGUUCAGGGAGUGGUUUAACAAAAACCAUCCUGCCACUUACUCUUUUACUUUUUACUAUUUGAACACCAAUGUUGUUAUUAGUCAACAACAUGGAAGAAGAUCACAGUUGCAUUCAAAUGAAUUGAAUUUGCUGCAGAGUAUUUCUGUCAUUAUUCCUGUCAGGGCGACCAGGCAGAGUCCAGACGCUCCAUCACAGUUUGCUCUGUUACCUGGAAACCCUGCCCUUAAAGGGAACGUUUCAAAGAUGAGGCUCAGCUGGCAGUUUGUACUCAAACAGCCUCUGACUGAAAGACGGAGGAGAAUUUUCUGAACUUCGUCCACAUUCCCAGAGAUGCAGAAUGUAAAGAAACACAGCCUGUAAUGGACACUGAAGCAAGCAAGGGACCUGAAGGUCUCAGCUCCUGAAGUAGCCACAAGAGUAUUUAUUCACUGUACUUUGAUUGUGAUAUUUAGUUUUAAUCCAGGAUUGACGUUAACUGAUUUACAGUUUGAUGUAUUUUGGUGCUAGAAGGUAACACGUGUUAUAGUUCUGUGUUUAACUUGAAAUUCAAAGAUUCUAUUUUUAUUCAGAGCCUUAAACCAAAUGUAGAUCGCGGUGAAGGUUUUUGGCUUUGAAUAAACAAAGGUCUGAGGACGAGUGCUAAUGCGUCAGUGGCAUAAAUUGUUAAUCCUCACUGACGUGAGGAGUCAGUAGUCAGGUUGUGUACUGACAGUAGGAUGUAGCUGUGAGUAGUUUAAACUGUACAGGUACUGUCAGUGUUUUAUUACAUGCAUGAAGUGCUGCAGUUCUGAGUCUUGUUAGUACAGCGUUUUAUCUUCUCAUCUGUCCGCCACCGCCAUUAAAGAACCAUGACUGCUGGUUUUACAUGGUUAAACUGUAAGCUUCAUCGUUUUCAGUUCAUUUCUGUGAAAAUCAGCUUGCUUCCAAACUUGCUGCACAGAGAUGGUUUAGUAUUUGUUUUUGAAAAGUCUUCUUUCACAAUGCAUUCAAGAUACUUAAAGAGCUGAUAAUCUUUAGACAAAAGUAAAGUUGUAAAGCUGCAGAGUAGCUGCUGCAAGUGCUUGCAAAAGGAUAUACACCUAUCCAUCCAUCCAUUUUCUAUUGUGCUUAUCUGUCAGGAUGGCAAGGGGAGAUGGAGCCUAUCCCAACUGAUUAUGGGCUAGAGGUGAGGUACACCCUGCACUGGUUGCAUCAGUUAUUUUGUUUGUUAUAUUACCAAAACGUUUAUUUUAUCACUGAAAAAUCAUAGUUCCAUUUUUAGUGAUUUUUUUUUUUUCUAAAUAUUUUCCGCAUUGGACAUUGCAUGAAAAGAUUUCCUCUACAGAGCAAUACCACUAGAUCCCAGGUCCUGAAAGAUAAAUCGAUGAUAUGAAAAUAACAUCUUUCAGCACUUCUGUAAUGGUAUCGUAUAACUUACUAAAACUGACUGAUGGGAUCAGCAGAAAUUUUCAUUUCUCUGCAAGUUGAUCUGACAGACAUGAACUGAAAUAAAAACCCAAGGUUUUGAUUUGUGGCAAUAUAAAGUUCAGACAGUUUGUUAUUAAUGAGCUGAAAGAAUCAGCAGCCUCAGUCUUCAGACCAAACAAAAGUUCCUGCAGCUGAUGUUCCACCACUGAAGAUUAAUCUUUAAUUAAUCCAGAUUUUCACCUCUUUGAGUAAGUCCAGACUGGAGAAAUGAAUGACAAAAAGCCACUUUCAUGCUUCAGUUGUGCACAAUUUAAUAAUCUGAAGCUUCAGUUCGUUUAUCUAGCAAAUAUUCUGCAUAUGCAUCGUUCUAGACACAGAUUUGGUUUAUUUGGUUUUAUUUCACUAGAAUUUAAAAUAAAGUUUGGUUGGUUUGAAUGAAACUUGGAGAAAACUACACCUGAUGUAGGUUUUAAUUUUUCUGCUUUUUGAGCCGUUAAAAACAUUUCCUCCACAUCCACAACAGUUAUUGUUUGGAAAGCCUAAAUGGGUUUUCCCUCCCUUGGAUUUUCUUCAAUGCCAUACACAGCUUUCAUUAGUUGCUGGAUGUCAGGAAUGUGCUUCAGUGUGAGUUUUCUUGCUGAUUGUCUGCUUGUCUGUGUCCGUCGUACCUCACAGUGUCUGACUCACUUGUCGUGGUUAAGCUUCAGGCCACGUGUUGGUUUGGUGAACUCUGCCUAGUGCCUCAUUCAAACGCUUGGACAGCCUCAGUGCCCUGAUGUUUAACCUGUGUGUGCAGCGUAACGUGCUGAGCUGUUGUGCCUCUAGAUGUUAUCUCAACUUUUCUUUUGCCGUUACAAUGUUUUCAGUUUUUACCUGAGGUUUUAUUGAAUAGAUGUAUAUUUUUGCAGACAGAAGCUGUUUUUGUUUUCAUUUCAGCUGUAAAAUUUUAAUCGUAAAUUGCACUAAUUGUUUCAUAAAUGCUCUUAGAUGUGACGUUCAGGUUAUUAUGAAUGUUGUAACAACUAAAGCCAAAUAUAAAGUACAUAUAUAGUAUAUAUGUUUAAAUAACUGAUUCUUAUGUGUUCAAUCAUAAUAAACUAAAGGUCAUCUAAGAUCUAAAGACA